AUGGGAACUAAGACUGUCUUCCAUCUGAUAUCUUUCUUGAUCUAUGCGGGGACAGCUUACUUUGAUUAUGGUAUGGUUAAAGGAAAAAUGUUGCCUAUACCCAAUCAAUUUUUCUCAAAGUUUGUUUGGCUCACACUAAUUGAUUUGUAUAUUCAAAUACUUUAUCAUUUCAUCGCUAUUUUUAUUUCUGUUUUCGGAGGGAAACAUCCAAUUUUCCACUUCCUCUCUAGAGCCAUUGUGGCACCUGUUGCUAUGACAGUUGUUUCACUUUUCUGGCUUCUUUACACUUUUGAUCCUAACACACUUCUUGCCGAUGAUCUUGCUAAACAAAUGAUAGGUAUUGUUUGGUAUAACAAUGUGUUGCACACACUUCCAUUGAUAACUGCCAUAGUUGACACUGUAAUUUGGAAUCAUGGUCAUGUCGCAGCCCCAAAAGCCAUCAAGGCCAUUGGGGUUUUCGCAACCUUGUACAUAAUCGACAUACACGUAGUUCAUCACAUUUCUGGAUUUUGGGCUUAUCCUAUCUUGGGCGACUUGAUCCUCCCGUUAAGAGCUGUCUUUAUUGUGGCAUGCAUGAGUGUUCUGUUCAUGAACUAUAAAAUAACUGAAUGCCUACAUACAGCCAUUCAUGGCAAGUCAACUCACAAGAAGAAAGCUACUUAA